UGCUGUUUCCAUAAAAGACAAUUAUUUCUUUAAACAAGUGCUUCUAACGUGGAUCCGGCGGUGAGCCAUCAGCUUCUAAACAUGUGAAUGCCGAUGACCUGUUAGUUAUAAAACGUGUCUACGCUAUUGUCUUCCUCCUCCUCCACGAAAGGCUGCCCAGGUUUGUUUUGCACCAGUCGUUGAGAGCCCGGAUGUUUUUGCCCACAAGCACUUCUCCCUGGAAUCCAUCCCCUUCCGUGUCUGAAAGACUGGCUGACGCAAAUUUACGAGGGGAGUCAAUGAACGCCGCAAAACACUCUCAUCAGAUUCUUAUUUAAUACAAAAAACACGACAUUGCAAAGAAAAAAAACAGCACUACGUAAUCGUCUGACGAUUAGCACGAAGGAUUUGCAGGAAUGUCUGAAGGUAUUGUUGAGGUGGAAGCUCUAGAGGUUCAGCCAGAUGAUCCUCAAAAGGAUAAUGAGGAAGCUGAGGCUGAUGUAUCUCACAAGGCUAUAGAGGGAUCUGAAGCUGAUGUACUUCAAAAGGAUAACGAGGAUGCCGAGUACGCUGAGGCUGACUCAAAGGAGACUAAGAUGGCCCAGGAAUCACCAAGAAACACAGCCGCUGAAAUCUCAGUGACCAGUAACGGAGAUUCAGAUGACACACGUGAAGAUAUUUUCCAGAUGGACCUGAAACAUGGUAUGUCUGGAGGACUGAAUUUGUCUGAAACCCACAUCUCUUCAAGUAACUAUGGGGCAACGACAGAGGGAAUCAUAGAAGCAGGACCUUAUAAAGGAUCUUCAAGUCAGCCCACGUCACCUGUUGUGUCUCCCAGCAGAGCUGCGGCUAGCAGAUUGGCCAGACCAGACAACGAUUUUCUUAGUCCGAAAGACAUGAUGAAAGUUGAACCUAUAAGUGGGCCAGUAGUUCUUGCAGAGGACCUUAAGAAUCCUGCAAUGGAGAAGCUAGACCUUGUGAGAAAAUGGAGCAUCAACACGUACAAAUGCACAAGACAGAUCCUGUCAGAGAAGUUGGGACGAGGUUCUAGAACUGUGGACUUGGAGCUGGAGGCACAGAUAGAAAUUCUGCGCGACAACAAGAGGAAGUACGAGCAUGUGGUGAAACUGGCGCAGACCCUGGGAUCACAGCUCUACCAGAUGGUGCAGACCCAGAGGCAGCUCGGAGAUGCUUUUGCAGACCUCAGUUUAAAAUCACCCGAGCUCCACGAGGAGUUUGGCUUCAAUGCAGAGACCCAAAAACUUCUGUCCAAAAAUGGUGAGACGCUUCUGGGGGCCAUUAACUUUUUCAUUUGUAGUGUGAAGACCUUGGUAGACAAAACCAUUGAAGACACCAUGGUCAACAUCAAACAAUAUGAAAAUGCCAGGAUAGAGUAUGAUGCAUACCGUACAGAUUUGGAGGAGCUUAAUCUUGGACCUCGGGAUGCCACUACAAUUCCAAAGAUUGAACAAUCCCAGUAUGCAUUCCAGGCAUACAGAGAGAAAUAUGAAAAAAUGCGCAAUGAUGUUUCAAUUAAACUGAAAUUCCUGGAAGAAAACAAGGUAAAAGUAUUGCACAAUCAGCUGGUUCUCUUCCAUAAUGCUAUUGCGGCUUACUACGCCGGGAACCAGAAGCAGCUUGAACAGACACUCAAACAGUUCCAUAUCAAGUUGAAAACUCCCGGAGCAGACGCUCCAUCCUGGCUAGAAGAGCAAUAAUCACACUAGAAACCACGUUGACGACCAGCUAAUCUAUUGAUCAGAUCAGUAAAGAUAGAGGGGGUGGGUAGGCUUGGGAAAUGUAGGGAAGGCGGGGUUAAUUUAACAAAAACAAAUACAUAUUUUUCCUUUUUUCUUCUCUCUUUUUUUUUUAGAAUCACAACAUAUAAACCUUAAAAUGUUUAUCAAAAAAAAUAAUUUUUUGUGAAUUUUGAAACUUAAUUUAUAUUCCUGACCCCCCCCCAUUUUAUAUUCCUGAACCCCCCCACCCCCCCCCCCCCCCAUUUUAUAUGUGGGGUAAUUAUGAAACCAUCUAGGGACGUUUUGCACUGAAAUGAUUCCUUUUGUGAUCUUGUCUUUUUUGAGUAAAUUGUCUUUUGUUCAGAUGUUGAAAGCUUGUUCUAGGAUUAAUGUUGGUGUCUGAAAUGAAAUUUGUAUAUUAAAACGUGUUACAAAACAAAGGCAGGGCAAUACGAAAAAAUCUUCAUUCAGCUCCCAUUCUGCCUCAUCGGCUGCUGUUGACAUGUAAACUGCACUCCAGAUAGCAGCACACACUUAAGUGUGUUGAACUCGCUUCAAAAACAAGGGUCAUUUGCAGUGUCUCAACUCAUUCAGUGAUCUAUUGUCUGUUUAUAUCAAAGGUGUUUUUUGGGUUGUGUUGUGUUAAUGUUGUUUUUCUGAGCACCAAAUUGAACACCAGUUAUAUUUUAUAACUCUAAAAUGAAAAGAUGGACAAGCCUUAACAUGCAACUCUGUGCCUUUUUAUAAAUAACUUCACUUCCAUCCAUCACUGGCAAGACAAACAGAGAUUUGUACUGCCACAUGUUCUUGCAAUAUACAGCUAUGGCCAAAAGUUUUGCAUCGUCCUAUGGAACUAACUCAUUUUGCUUCAUAAAGUCUCAGUCUUAGAAUUCUAGGUGAUGCAAACCUUUUGCCCAUAGCUGUAUAUCCAUGAGUGAAAGAGAAAUGGGGCACUACAUUUGUGUGUUGUUUUAACACAUUUAGUUAAAUUUAAGGUUCUCUGGAUAGUGGACCAAAAAGGUGGCAGAUAACAUAUUACUGCUUAAUUAAUUGCAAAUCCCUUUUGUAUUCGCUGCUUCUCAAACACAUUGGGCCCUAUUCACAAAAUGUGUUUUAAGGAAUAUUUUGUUGUCAGUCAGCGCUUUUUAAAAUGUUUUUAUAGCAUUCACUUUAGGUUAAACAGUGCUUCGAAAAAAUGGAAUAAACUUAUAAUCGUCUCAUUAACAGUUGAAAAUGGUUUUGUGAACUGCAAACUUGUUAGCUUUGUCAUAUACUUUUGAAUGUUAUAGUUACAAUUUUAUUUUAUCUUUACUAACCAAACUAUAAGUAUAUGUGUUUGUAUUUUUUCCAUUUUUAUGUUAGUUAAGCAUAGCCAAUCUCUGGCAUUUUUCUCAUUCCAUUACUGUCAAAGUGUGGCUCUGUAAUUCUGAACUGUACAAAGGUGUUGACUGCAAUACAGGCUUCUGAAUGUUGUGUAACUUCAAAUAUAAUAAAACCAAAAUUUCCCUUGGUA